AUGGCACCAGAAGAAAUUUCUGAGAGCCAGCCCCUUCUAUCACCAAGCGACGUUGAUGCUACAGAAGUCUAUCCUAUAAUUCAUAUGAUCAGGGCCGAUAUAACGCAUUUUAUAGAUACCCCUUUGACAUACGAGGCCUUGACAGCGCCGGACCUUACAUACACUCUCAUUCGCCCUCUCUACGAAAAGUAUUCUGCUCUACAGCACGCCGGAAACCUGUCCAUUGUAUUCUGCCUCCUCCUGAACCGUGUCCAUUUCGUUCGAGACCAAAGCAUGGCAACAGCUUCCGUGUCACGUACAAGAGCGGAACUGUGCGAGAUCCUAGCCAUACGUACUCUACGCGACUAUGCCGAUAACAUGUUGGAUCUCGUGCACGCACUCUCCACCAGCUGGUCUGUUUACAGUGGUGCUGAUCGAGCAUUAAUGCAAGCCGCAAGAGAAGAAAGGGAAGAUCUAGAAGAGCAAGUGGGCAAUGCUAUCGAAAUGGCCAUCCUUGGCAGAGCCAAACGUUUCAUCAAAAGGGAAAAUGUGUAUACCAAGCAACAAGCAAUCAUUCUAUUCUUUCAGAUACAUACAAGCGAACACCAAUCCAUUUCUAUGAUCCUCACAAGGGCACCCCUCCUUGAUCAUUAUCGGCUCAAAGUGCCUGCUAUUCGGUCGGUUCUGGAAUACACGAAUUUCUUAAUCCUCUUCGUCCUUUUCGUUAUAGCCAUCGAAAUGAACCAGUUGGACUCAAUAAACGCCGCUGAGAUGGCCUUUUUGAUCUACGGCUUGGGGUUCUCUUUGGAGAAGGUCGCCGCUAUGCAAGAACACGGAAUGCAGGUCUACUUCAAGGGUACUUGGAAUGGCUUUGAUCUCGCACUAGUCACUACCUAUCUCAUCUAUGCAAUCCUUCGUAUAUAUGGUGUUUAUCACCAUGAUUCUUGGGCUCGGAAAACCGGUAUCGACUGUUUGGCUCUCAUUGCCUGCUUGUUAUUCCCUCGUCUAGCUUUCGUCACACUAAGGAACAAUUUGAUGGUGCUUUCUUUGCGAGCGAUGAUGAUGCAAUUCGUUGUAUUGAUGCUUAUUGCGGCCUUUUGUUUCUGCGGUUUCCUAUACGCGUUAUGGACACUGAGCAGAAAUGAAGCAGGAUACAGCGUUGGAACCAUUGCAUGGUGGAUGCUUGAUUUAUGGUUUGGGCUUGAUGCCAGUGGAUUCGAUAGGGCUACUCAGUUCCACCGGGUCUUUGGUCCCGUACUGAUGGUUGCCUACGCAUGUCUCAGCAAUACCUUGUUGUUAACCGUUCUUGUUUCUAUACUAUCAAACACCUUUGCUACCAUCAACGAAGAUGCAGCCGCGGAGGCAAUGUUCAGACGAGCGGUCUCAACAGUUGAAGGUGUCAAGGCUGACUCCCUAUUCUCGUAUCAACCUCCAAUAAAUCUAAUCGCGGUCUGCAUAAUGCUACCGGCGAGCUAUAUUCUCACUCCACGAUGGUUCCAUAAGGCUAAAUUUCAUGGUACAACGGGGUUCUCCGAGACCUUUACUGUCGCUGCUGAAAAGGUCUAUGAUACGUUACCAAAAGGGUUGAAAUGGCUAGCGUUGUUCGAAGGACUCACCCGCUCCGACGCCGAUAUUGAUGCAAUCUUUGAAAUUGAAGAUGAGUUAAACACGAGUGCACUCGAGACUUAUCCAUAUGUAUCCAAUGACUCACUACCGAGUCGAAAUUCCGCGCUGUCUUCGUCGCCCUCUCGGAUGGCCCCACGAGCAAACACAAUUGAGCAGCAGCAACUUCCUCAAUCGAACCAUCCGCACUUCGACGAUUCACGUGGUAAUGCCCCUUCACAUCCACCUUCACAGCCUUUCCCUAUCGCUCGCACCCGCGUAAAUUCCAUUCUCAAUCGUAAUUUUGAAACUGCACAAAGUUUUACCAGCCCGCUGGCUCAGAUAUUUCAGCCGCUGGUCCUUGAUGAAGAUCCUGUUGCCGAUGAAAAUCACAGUCCACCGCAUUUAGUUAGCUUUGGACCAGCAAGUAGAAGAAGACUGUCAUCAAUGCAUCAGCAUCGGAGAGGGACGACGGACGGUGGCCACGGUCACCAUAGUCCGACACAUCAGCGAAGUCAAGAAGGCAGUAAUCUCAAGCGAACAGACGGAGGUUCGGGACCUUUGACCGAGAGUCCGCCGGCUGCCACGUCAAUGUCUUCUCCCAAGGACAGCUCAUUUACGAGUUUGCAAACAGCUGCUGCGGUCGAAGAAGCUGAUUCUGGUGGGUACUGGAAAAAGUUUGAGGAGCUGGAGGCAAGGCAGGCGAGAAUGGAGAAGCUGUUGGAGAAGAUUGCGCACAGCUUGAAGGUCAAGAGGGGUGAUGGAGUGUUAUGA